AUGUCGAGAUUUCCAGCGAAACAAUGGGCGCAAGUGCCGCAGGACUCUGGAUCCAGCAGGCUAUCCCUUCACCCCGUUAUUCAUAGCGAGCUGAUUGGGCGCACAACAUUCAAGCCUCCCUCCGAAGGACGUGAAGAGCGACCAAUCUUACAUGAGCCACGUCCACGCUCGCUCCCUACGGCCCAGAAAGAGACCGAUUAUAAUGUGGGAACAUUCUUGGCCCAUAGGAUGCAGGAGCUAGGGGUGAAAGACUUUUUUGCAGUUCCGGGUGAUUCAAACUUAUCGCUUCUGGAUAACCUACUGAAAAGUCCAAACCUGCGCAUGGUGUCAUGCUGCAAUGAACUGAAUACAGGAUACACAGCCGACGGAUAUGCCCGCACAUCCAAAUCAAAAAUCGCCUUCGUGGUAAUUCCUUAUAUUGUUGGCGGACUCUCGAUUAUAAAUGCCAUCUCUGGAGCACACUCGGAGCAUUUGAAGGUGGUUGUUAUAUCGGGGUGCCCAAACACAGACAUGUUAACAUGCAAUAAAUUUCUCCAUCACACACCCUCCCGAACAAACAAAGAUCAAGCACUUCGGGCGUUCCAGGGCGUGACUGCGGCGUCCGUUCGGGUUGACACCCCGGAAACUGCGAUCAAUGUGAUCGAUGGCGCUUUGCUGAAAUGCCUUGAAAAGUCUCUACCAGUGUACAUUGAAGUGGCAAACGAUAUAGCAACUGCACCUUGUCCGGCACCGUCUCCGCUGCGAAGAUAUGUCGAUUUUGGUCACCAAGAGCGCGAAACAAGAUACGCAAUUGAAUCCAUCAAAAAGGCUUGGAAUUCUGCCAAAAGACCCAUCCUCCUUGUUGGGCCUCUUGCCCGUCUGGCGUCCUCCAAAGAUGAUGUGCAGCUUCUGGCCGAGAAGCUCGGAUGUGCUGUUCUCUGUCAACCUGAUAGUCGUUGGAUACCCGAGUCCCAUCCUCAAUCCUGCGGUGUCUUCUGGCCGGGAGUUUCAAAUGCUGAAGGUGAUGAGAUAGUCAUGAGUGCAGAUUUGUGGGUCGUUCUUGGCGGAUGUUGGUCCGACCUUCACGUCCUCAGCAUUGAUACUCAUAACGAACGUCAUCGUAUGAUUGAUAUCCAACCGGAGGGGGUUCAACUUCCUGAUGGUACGAGUUUGAGCCCCGUGAAUAUCGAGUCCCUCGUCUCGGGGCUCAUCAAGUCGGAUAUCACAACGAACAAUGCCUCUAUUCCUAGAUCCCAUCUGCAAAUUUCUAGCCCAGUUCCAGAAGAGCUUGAGCUUUCAGAAAAGCCAUUAACUAUGGCAAGCCUUCUUGCCGGAAUUCAAGGCAUACUGCGAGGACACCACACAAUUAUCGCAGACACUGGAGAAACAUGGUUCGCGGCAACUCGUCUUAGGCUUCCACGCGGCGCUGACUGCCAGAUGCAACUUGCUUAUGCUUCGAUCGGGUGGUCUUUGGGAGCGGGUCUUGGGGCACAAAUAGGCCUCCCUGAUCGACGGGUUAUCAUUAUGGCUGGGGAUGGAGGCUUCCAGAUGACAGCCCAAGAGCUCAGUACGAUGAUUCGAAUGAAUUUGAACCCAAUCAUCUUUCUGUUCAACAAUCUCGGAUACAAGACUGAAACCGCUGUCCACGAGGGUCCGUAUAACUAUAUCGCGAACUGGGACUAUACGAAAUUAGCCAAAUCUCUUUAUGGUGAACCCCAUGCAGAAUCCCAUAAUCCAUAUGCGACUGAGGAGGCGCCGAGAAUGAGAAAUCUCCCCAUGUUUGCGGCUAAGAUUCAGACCCAGGCUGAUCUAGCAUUGGCAUUGCAAAGAGCAGAAGCGGAGAAAGGAAAGUUAGCAUUUCUAGAAUGUUGCAUUCAGCCCGGGGAUAUGACGGCAGAGCUUCGAAAACUAGGAGAGAAGGUCGGGAAUGAGAUGGGAGCCUCCGACUCAAGCACCGAAACACUUGCUCCGACUCCUUCGUCGACCCAUUCUAGCGACGAUAGAAGUACGAUCCCCUCUUCGGUAUCAUCGCCUAUUCCUCGGCCUAAAGAUGUUGAAGAAUUACGUGGACUGAACGCCUCAAAUGUGAAGAUAACCCUCACAAAGACGCCUCGUGAGGUGCCUCCGCUUGAUUCUCCUGAGGUUCUCUCUCAUAAAGUUUGUACGGACCACAUGAUGCAAGCACGGUGGUCAAUCGAUGGGGGCUGGGAUGAUCCGGAAAUAGUACCCUAUGGACCACUGAGUAUCAUGCCUAGUGCAAGCGCUCUUCACUAUUCGACGAUGUGCUUCGAAGGUAUGAAAGCAUUCCGCGGCACGGAUGGAAAAUUGCGUCUUUUCCGUGCCGCUCUCAACUGCUGCCGGCUACUGGAUUCCGCCACGCGAGUCUGCCUGCCAAGUUUCAGUCCACAAGAUCUACACAUUCUAAUCAAGAAGUUGUGUGAGAUUGAUGCUCCAAAGUGGCUCCCAGCCAGUCAGAAGGGAUCGUCCCUGUAUCUUCGGCCCACUUUCAUCGGUACAUCCGAGGGAUUGGGACUGAACCGUCCAAAGGAGGCUCUUCUAUAUGUCAUCGUCUCAUUCUGGCCAAAUUCCACAGUAUCUGCCAGUAAAUCUACCACACCAAGCAAAGGGUUACGUCUAUGGUCUAGUCCCAGGAAUAUGACGCGAUCAUGGCCGGGCGGAUAUGGAUCGGCGAAGCUCGCCGCCAAUUAUGGACCAUCUCUUCUGGCGCAGCACAAGGCCCAGGAAGCAGGAUAUGACCAGGUCAUGUGGCUCUUCGGGUCCGAUCGUCAAGUUACCGAAGCAGGGGCCUCGAAUUUGUUCUUCAUCUGGAGAUCGCUGCAAGGAACAUUGCAAGGCCGGCUACAACUCAUUACAGCGCCACUAGAAAACAACCUCAUACUCCCGGGUGUGACCAGACGCAGUGUUCUUGAGCUCGCUCGCUCGAGAAUGUCGGUUGGUAAAUUCUCAAUAGAGGAUUUCCCUCAUUCUGUCGAGCCGCUUGAAGUUUUGGAGCAGAAAUUCACGAUCUAUGACGUUAUGGAAGCAGCGGACCAAGGGAGAUUGCGCGGCGCUUUUGUCACCGGCACAGCGUGCUUUAUUACCCCGGUGGCUUCCAUCUAUUUUGAGGGCCGAGAGAUCGAUUUAGAGCCGGAUGCUUGUCCGCACACCGCAUUGUUUCAGAAAUUGAUGUCUAACAUUGUGAAUGGCGAGGAACAAAGCUCAUGGACGGAAGUAGUGGAGGGAUAA